AUGUCUGCCGAAAAGGAUAUCAAAGGAGUUGAAGAACCCGAAAUCCACAAGAUUAGAAUCACCUUGACUUCUACCAAGGUCAAGAGCUUGGAAAAGGUCUCCAACUCUAUCAUUCAAAACGCUACCAACAACCACUUGUACAAGAAGGGUCCCGUUAGAAUGCCAGUCAAGGUCUUGAAGAUCAACACCAGAAAGACUCCAAACGGUGAGGGUUCCAAGACCUGGGACUCUUACGAGAUGAGAAUCCACAAGAGAUACAUUGACUUGCAAGCCCCAGCUGCCCUUGUCAAGAAGAUCACUCAGAUCACCAUUGAGCCAGGUGUGGAUGUCGAGGUCACCAUCGCUGCUUAA